UCAGAAGGCGGCCGUGUCACCGCUCUCAAUCGGUCAAAUAGAUGGGUGGGACCCCUCAGUGGAAAGUAUUCCGCCCACUAGGCAAUACUCUUAAUGCAGUGACUUGUCAAAGAAAUACGGCUUUCAGGAAGAGACUUAAACAUACUAAGCUAUGAGCUACCCAGGAUACCCCCCUCAGGCAGGCGCAUACCCUCCACAGCCUGGGGCUUACCCUCCACAACCUGGUGCUUACCCACCUCAGCCUGGAGUUUACCCUCCAGCAGCUGGUGGCUACCCUCCUCAGGCUGGUGGCUACCCUCCUCAGGCUGGUGGCUAUCCACCACAGGCUGGUGGCUAUCCUCCACAGGCAGGAGGCUAUCCACCACAGACAGGAGGCUAUCCACCACAGGCAGGAGGCUACCCACAAGGACCACCACCAGGCAGCUGGGGAGGUGGCCCUACUGGUGGGUAUCCCUCCAUUGGCCUUGAUAACUUAUCCAACCCUGGAUACAACACUGGCAUGGCCAGUCAGAUCCCUGCAGGCAUGGGGGGGUUUACUCCAAACCCAUCCAUGUACGCUCAAGCUCCUGGGGGGUACCCAUCUGCUCCUCAGCCUAGUGGGUAUGGUGCCCCCUUCCCUAACCAACAGUCAUAUGGCCUGUACCCACAGCCAGGAGGGCCCAUGCCCCAACCUCAAGGCCCAGGGAUGGGCUACCCUGGUCAGCCUGCACAACCAAUGCCUGGAUAUCCCCGUGCACCAUCACCAAACCCACCCAUGGCUGGUUAUGGAGGAGCGCCAUCACCCAACCCACCCAUGGCUGGUUAUGGAGGAGCACCAGCACCAAUGCCAGGAUACCCAAAGGUCCCUUCACCAAAUCCAUCCAUGCCAGCCUAUGGAGGAGGAGGAGGAGCCAUGCCAGUAGCUCCACCUAUCAAUAGAGGAUUCAGGGGAACAAUCAAGGAUUUCCCUGGAGCUGACCCACUCAAAGAUGUGGAGGUCCUGAGGAAGGCCAUGAAAGGCUUUGGAACUGAUGAACAAGCAAUCAUCGACUUGCUGGGGAGUCGCUCCAACAAGCAGCGUGUGCCUUUGCUCCGUUCCUACAAAACUGCCUAUGGGAAGGAUCUGAUUAAGGAUCUGCAUUCAGAACUAUCUGGAGACUUCAGGAAGCUGGUCAUGGCUACUUUGAAGAGCCCAGCUGAGUUUGACGCUUCAGAGCUCAACAGUGCCAUCAAGGGAGCUGGAACUGAUGAAGCCUGUCUGAUAGAGAUCCUGUCUUCUCGCUCCAACGCUGAAAUCAAGGAGAUAAACCGUAUUUACAAACAAGAUUACAAGAAGACACUGGAGAACGCUAUUAGUGGGGACACCUCAGGCCACUUCCGCAGGCUCCUGAUUUCUCUCGCCCAGGGUAAUCGUGAUGAACGAGAAACUGUUGACAUCUCGCUGGCUAAACAAGAUGCUCAGACCCUGUAUGCUGCUGGAGAAAACAAGCUGGGAACAGAUGAGUCCAAGUUUAAUGCUAUUUUGUGUGCCAGGAGCAAACCACAUCUCAGAGCAGUGUUUCUUGAGUACCAGCGUAUGUGUGGCAGAGAUAUUGAGAAGAGCAUCUCCAGGGAGAUGUCAGGAGACCUGGAGAGUGGCAUGCUGGCAGUGGUGAAGUGUAUUAAAAACACCCCUGCCUACUUUGCUGAGAGACUUUACAAGGCAAUGAAGGGAGCUGGGACUAAAGACAGAACCCUAAUCCGGAUUAUGGUCUCCCGUUCCGAGAUCGACAUGCUGGAUAUCCGCCAGGAAUAUGUUAAAAACUACGGCAAGUCGCUGUACACAGACAUCUCUGGAGACACAUCAGGAGACUACAAGAAACUCCUACUGAAGUUCUGUGGGGGCAGUGACUGAAAAGGAAACAGUCUUUGCCACAUUAUAGAAACGUUUUCUAUAAAUAUCAGAUUAUGGCUUAUCUGUGCAUUAAGUGAACCGCAAACCUGCAUGCCAUGCCAGAACAUUUAUCGCAAUGUUUGCCUGGUUUUAAAACCUUCAAUGUUACUACAUACUUUAUUUUCUAUAUUGUAUACAGUAUGCACAAAAAAAUGUUAUAUUUUUUCACUUAUGAUAUCUUUGCUGGAUAUAUCAGUUGAAUAUACACGUCCACAUACAAUUGAUUAGCUAGGGAUUAUAUAUUAAUUUUUGGAGAUAUAUUUUUAACAUGUUUGAGUUCAGUUGUGCCAAUAUAAUCGGUAUCUAAUGAUAUCUGUCACAUUUGUUAGCUAAUUUCCUGAUGUUUAGCAAUGCUGAAUAAAAUCAGAGACAUGUAUUGUUUGUAAUACAAAUAACCUUGCACCCACAUGGAUGAUUUAAAAUCAGAGACAUAGAAUAUAGCAGCUAAGUACCAAAGUUCUCUUUUAAUGUUUGCAGUUGUAUAAUCUUCUAUAUUUUGUCUGCAUUACUUUUUCUUAUCAUAAUUGGGCUGUUUGCAGCAUGUGCUUUAAUUUAUGUAUCAUGUACCUGUCAUUGUAACAUGUAAAACUGAAACAUGACAUUACUUAAAAUGUUAUUUUAUCUUUGAGUCUCAAAAUAAAUACUGAGAACACUC